AUGACUUCGAAGUUGAUAUUGCUAAGACAUGGCGAGAGUGAAUGGAACAAUAAGCACUUGUUUUGUGGAUGGGUCGAUGUUGGAUUGACCUCCAAAGGGCAGCAACAAGCAGUACAGGCUGCCAACCUCAUCUCCCAAAAUGGGCUAUCACCCGACUUAAUGUUCACUUCAAAAUUGACGAGGUCCUGUGAAACCGCAGAUAUCAUUAGUAAGUCGCUCGGUAGGAUGUGGAUGGACGUCAUACGAAGUUGGAGGUUGAAUGAACGACAUUAUGGGGCUUUGCAAGGGAGAAAGAAAUCGGAUGUGGUUGCUGAAGUCGGUAAAGAGAAAUACAUGUAUUGGAGGAGAGCUUAUGAAGGAUGUCCUCCUUUGAUGAAUGAUGAAGAUGAAGCAUUGUUGAUUGAUGAUCGUUACAAGUAUGCUGAUGUUCCAAUUGAAGAUCUUCCCCGGGGAGAGUCUUUGAAAAUGGUUCUUGAAAGAGUUAGGCCAUUCUGGGAAACAAAUAUCAAAUCCGAACUACUAAAGAAUAAAACUGUUCUUAUAGUGGCACAUGGAUCAGUGGUUCGGUCGUUAAUUAAAAUUAUUAGUACCAUAAGUGACAGAGAUAUAGAGCAGAUCAACAUUCCUAAUGGUGUACCCUUGGUUUAUGAAUUUGAUGAAAAACUAGGAAAAAUCGGAGAUUAUUAUUAUUUAGAUCCUGACGCAGCGGAAGCAGGAGCAAAAGAAGUUGCAAACCAAGGUUUGGAAAAGAAUUGA